CUUCACCACCACCCUGCUCCAUCAUCGUGUAGGCUUUCUAUCACUUUUCUGUCUGAAGUCACAGUUUACUUAAAUCUUUAGAGCCUUGCAGUUUGUAAUUGGCAAAUUGGUUUUUAAAAAAACCAAGCAUUGAACGUAAUUGGAAGCUGCACGUUGCGAAAGUAAACAUUACAAGAAUAUCUGUUUGCUUGCUGUGAAUACCCUUUUAUUUGUUAUUAAAAGAAUUGAACUUGAAAUCACUUCGUUUCGGUGAGAGCCUUUUCCCUAACCAUUAUUUUGCAAGAUGUCGCGAAGAAGUUCUGUUACUAUUGAGCAGGCUAUAAACCCAAAUAUGUUGAGGUUCCGCUCGCAACAAAUGCAAGAAAAAGAGGACAAGAAGUUUGGUGGUGUACAAGCAUACAGCACGGAAAGUGGAAUGCUGUUCCACGCAGGUAAACUUGUUAUCAUCAUGUCUGGUUUACCGGCCAGAGGAAAAUCCAACAUUGCUGUAUCUAUAGACCGAUAUCUGAAAUGGCUUGGAUUCCAUUGUCAAUUCUACAGUCUCGCAAAGUAUAUGGAUGAACAAUCAAAAGACGUUGGAAGCUUACGAGCUCCUUCUGCAUCCUUCUCGAAGAGUCUUCUGGCACUUUACAGAGAUAAUACCAUUCAGCAGUGUUUACGAGAUUUAGAAAACUUUCUUUCGAGAGAAAAAGGCCAAGUCGCUAUUUAUGAUGCUACGAACGGUACGAGAGAAACAAGGAAAGAUUUAUAUGAUCGAUUUAAAAGCCUUGGUUUUAAUGUUUUGUUUAUCGAAAGUAUAUGCGACGAAGAAAACGUAGUUCGUGCCAACAUUCAGGAGGCUAUCCGUGUCUCACAAGAGUUCAAAAACUGGGACUUAAAAUCAGCCGAGGCUGAAUAUUGUAGACGUAUAGAUCUUUUAAAAAUGAAUUAUGAACCUAUUGAUGAAAAAGAAUAUUCUUAUGUUAAAAUGAUUAACUUUUCGGAGACGCUCAUAACCAACCGAACGAAUCAAGGAUACUUAUUGUCACGUAUUAUAUUUCUGUUAAUGAAUAUUACCCUUACGAGAAAUCGGGUAUUCUUGGUAUCGAAAGCUUCUAUGAGACCACUCUUAUCCCAAGAAUCUGAGGAUGAUGAGGCGAACCGUAAGUUCAUGGAAUACCUUGUUCAGCAGUUUAAGCAUUUGUUUCCUUCGAUUUCUUUUAAAAAUCUUGUUGUGAUGUCGAGCUUGGAAGACUCUACAAUGAACCCUUUUCGAGAUUUGGGGUCUCGAGCAUUCUCACGUUCAAAUCUGUCACCUCUAGUAAUGGAUUGGUUUGGUAAUGAUUAUGAGAAACUUCGUGCUGCUUUUGGAAAGGAUGAAUAUGAUUUAUUUAUGAGAGACCCGUAUAGGUGUAGGGUGAAAGAACGGGAAUCGUUUUAUGACCUUGCAGUCCGCUUGGAACCAUUAAUUUUGGAAAUUGCUAGAGAAGCUCGUGACGUAGUUAUUGUUGGAUCGAAAAGUUUGGUCCGUGUACUUUAUGGAUACUAUAUGAAUGUUCCAGCUGGGGACAUACCUUUUCUUUCUUUGCUACCUACAGCAAUUUUCGAGUUUAUUGACAACAGUACCGGCAUGCAAGUUAAUGAGUAUGAGCUAGAUGCUAAAGAAGCUCAUGAUUACGACACUGCUAAUGAAGAUUUUAUUGGUAAAUAUAACACGCCUCCUCCCGUAUAGGGAAAAUAAUAAUAUCGUACAAUAUGGCCAGCUGUUCGCAGUUAUAGGUUUCUAAAAAUAACAACUACGACUAUAAGAUUAUCGAUCAAUAUUACCAAAGAAGCACUGAGACGGGAAUUAUUGUUUGCUAAUCAAUUAACCAAAAAAUUGCUCUAUAUAAGUUAGGAAGUUAUUUAAUUUACACAUUCAUUAGGAGCGAAAAAAAAAUUAGAUACAUGUAGACAUCAUGCUGUUCAAAACAUUUAAAAGUUGCUCGUUUUCACAUGCUGCGGCAACACGCUCCUUAUCAUUCAACUGCUUAUUGACUUGCAAUUCACUUGCAUGCGUUCCCUUUUUAACUUUUACGUCCACGUGGAAACGAGGUGGAAGACAGCGUUCUAAACGCACACGGAUGCACAAUCCAAUUAAUGUGCACAUAGAACAGUGGGGAAUAGUAGGAGUGAUAUGUACAAUAACUGCAGAAUUCCCAUCUACAUUAUCGUAAACUUCAAUAUCUUCCAACUUCACAACUGACAGUUGAGCCAAAGUUAAAGGGUGUUCAGGAUCAUUAAUUUUCGCUAACAAAUCAAAAAUUUCUUGCGCAUCAACUGCAUCGCGAAUCUUCUCAACAUUUUCAAGCUCGUCACUUAUAUCCCAUAACCAUCCUUCAUUACCUUUUAAGAACAGAUUCUCUUCUUCUUCUUGUGCUCUUGUAGGAAGUUGGCUCAAAGCCUUCACUUCAGGAUUUUCGUUUUGCAAUGUAGCGCUCAUUGAAAAACUUAUUGAAUCAAUUAAUUCAAUCAAUAACAGCUAAAACCACCACCGAUACAGAACACUGUUCAGAUUAACGUACACCUGCACAUGGAUAUAUAUAUAUAUAUAUAGUCUCCUCUCUCCAGAGUUUGCCAUCUCGUUUGACUUCGUAAAAAGUAUAGUGUGGUUUGGUAGCUGUAUGUAAUACCUAACAACGAAGCAUUGUCAUAUAUACUAAAGCAAUUUUAACAAAGUGCUAAAAUAUUAUGUAAAC